AUGUCGGACCAGGCCUCAUUUACUCAUUUAUCUCUGUUGCCUACCGAGUUGAGGCUCCAGAUAUGGCGGCAUACCUGUCACCAAAGGGUAGUCGAAGUCUUAUACGAUAGCGAGGCCGACCUAUGUACAUCGUCAACGGCGCCGCCGGCCGCCCUUCACGUCUGCCGAGAGUCUCGAUUUGAAGCCUUAAGAAUUUAUAGGAGAUCCUUCGGCACAAAGUCCCACGAACCAAGGAUAUAUUUUUGCCCCGAUAUAGAUAUACUCUACCUUCCUCGACCUCCCUUUAUGGGCUAUGACGAUGCCUUACGGUCUUUUACGGAGCUCGUUUCCGGCAUCGAUGAUACCGUCAACCUUGCCCUCGACUAUGUUAAGCCUGAUAUCAGACGACCAUGGGAAACCUACAACAAGUACGCCUUAAUGCAGAGCUUUCCAAAAGUGAAAGAAGUCGACUUGGUCCUGGGUCCCGACUCACCGGCAGAAGAACAUGGCCACGAGGAUAUAGGACUGGUGGAUCCCACAGGAGACAUAUUAGCCUUAUGUCGCCUACUUUCCGACAUUAAGGAAUCAUUCUUAUUUGAAGUUGGUUCCAACUACACGAUUGGCGACACGAAAGAGGAAUUCUUCGAGUACCCUGUUUUGCCUCCCCUGGUCUUGAAGUCGAAGAUCACCUGUGCUCAUGCCUAA